GAAAAGAUUAUGAGACAGAGGAAAAAGAGAUAAUCAUCCUCAUCAUUGCGAUCAGAGCACACGACAGGGAUUCAUUAAAAGGCGCUCCUGUUUUAUGAUUAUUAAUAUUAAUUUGACACUGUUGACUUCCCUGAGGACCACCUUGCGUCCCCCCUUCCCCCUCUGUCUCGCAUACUUUUAAUAUUAGGCUACUACAUUGGUGAGUUUUAAAUCUUGAAAACGCAAUUGCGAUAUAAUCUAAAUGAUUAGAAAAUGUUAAGCAGAAAACUUUUAUAUCUCUUAAUGGUCAGAACAAUAAUUUGAUUUUGACAAGGAAGCCAUCAAAUGCCAAGUCUGCGGAGGUGCCCUGUAAAGAGUGCAAGGUGUGCUGAAGGAAAAGAACAUCUAACAGACGGAAAAUAACUUAAUGAAAACGGGCACUGACUGAAGGAGCAUGAACGACUCGUCGCGCCAUUACUUCAGCAUGAAACACAUGGACUACAUAUAUAAUAUUGACAAUAACAUAACUUUGAACGCCACGCUUGGCGAAAUGAAUGCCACUGGGAUCGCCCAAAUCAUGAUCCCUCAGGAGUUGUUUCUAAUGCUCGGCUUGAUCAGUCUGGUGGAAAACAUCUUGGUAGUGGCGGCCAUCAUCAAGAACAGGAAUCUCCAUUCGCCAAUGUAUUAUUUCAUCUGCUGUCUGGCGGUGUCAGACAUGCUGGUGAGCGUCAGUAAUGUGGUAGAGACACUCUUCAUGUUAUUGACGGAGCAUGGACUGCUGCUUGUCACGGCAAAGAUGUUACAACACUUAGACAAUGUUAUUGACAUUAUGAUAUGCAGUUCCGUCGUUUCCUCUUUGUCGUUCCUGUGCACUAUUGCGGCGGACCGCUAUAUCACCAUCUUUUACGCGCUUCGGUACCAUAGCAUCAUGACCACACAACGCGCCGUGGCCAUCAUCGCGGUGGUGUGGCUCACCAGCAUCACCUCGAGCUCUUUAUUUAUCGUUUAUCACACUGACAACGCGGUCAUCGCCUGUCUCGUCACGUUUUUUGGCUUGACGUUGGUGUUCACGGCGGUUCUGUACCUGCACAUGUUCAUCCUGGCGCACGUCCACUCCAGACGCAUCAUGGCUCUCCAUAAGAGUCGCCGACAAGCCACUAGCAUGAAGGGAGCCAUCACUCUAACUAUCCUGCUCGGGGUUUUCGUCAUCUGCUGGGGUCCUUUUUUUCUCCACCUCAUCCUCAUCCUCAUCUGUCCCACAAAUCCUUACUGCAAGUGUUAUUUCAGUCAUUUCAACCUGUUUCUAAUUCUUAUCAUAUGCAACUCGCUUAUAGACCCUCUCAUUUACGCGUAUCGAAGUCAGGAGCUGCGCAAGACGCUAAAAGAAAUGAUUUUUUGCUCGUGGCUCUUUGCAAUGUGAGUAAUUACUUCUAGAGUAAGUAAUUACUUAAGGAGCAUCUGCGUUGAUGUUUAUGUUAUUGUCCAAUAUUAUUCAGUCGCAUUCUUAGCAAAUAGCGAAAAUAACCUUUGACUCUCUAAAAACACUGAGAUACUGCUGACUGAGAGAGAUGAAUUUUAUUAACUUUUAGACACAAAACACUUGUGACUGAUUUUUCUAUGAAAUAAAUCAAUUGAACCAUUUGAUUUUUGAUUUACACAAAUUAUGCUUGAUGGGAUAAAUAUUAUGGCACAAUAUAUGACAUGUACAAGUGCCUGUAGUUAAAAAGUAAAAGUUUAAUUUGAAGCAUUUACAAUUAAUUGCUGAGAGAGAUAAAACAGCCAUGAAGUUUUCUGUUCAAUGAAACACUGGUAUUCUAUAUAAUAUGGAAUUAAUCCACACACCAUUGUCUAGUACUCUAAUCCCACCCCAUCAGUCAGUUCAUAUUUGAUGCCUUAAAUUUUCAUCAAGUUUCAUCCACGCACAUCUUAAAAAUAAUUGUAGUUUUACAGUCUUUCCUUGUUCAUUUCAUGUUUGCAUUAAAAAAGGAAUAAAAUUAACUUUUCAUAAUGAAACGUAAUUCAUAAAUGGUGUGGGUGGGGGUCUAACAAUUUUGGGUUAACAACUCUGUUUGACUGAUUUAAACCAUUUGUUUUGCCUAAGGUUUAAAUCUUUUGAGGAAAAACAUGAAUAUUUAGUGCUGAAAAUAAGAACGUUUAGAGGAAAUAGUGCUCAUUCAGUAGUACAUUCAU